AUGAUCCCUCUGUGGUUCCCGAUGCACAAUAAAAGCGGCACGACGAGCGCUCAGGAUGCCGCACUUCCCCCGCCCACACCCCCCGCAGAGCCAAUGACCCGCUCCAACAUGACCAACUUCCCCAAUAUUCGCGCGCUCGCACUUCGCGUGCGCGGACUUCGCACGUCUCUUAUAUCCAAAUCACGUUUUCGCUCCAGGCGCGCGAGUGGCACCAUCAAACCUGCUCCUAUGCACUUGCGCCCACGCCGUACCCACACAUCAGCACGUCGCCCUUUGACGCAAGCCUGGAAGCGCUGUACCAGGACCAUCCACCGGGAGAGCCUCCCAUGUCUCUUCUCCAUCGUAGAGCCACCAACGCCGAACGAGGGCUCGCUCCCCGCGGAUUCGCUCCUCGCUUCCCGCGCCCAUCACUUACGGCGGGCAUCGAUAUCGUCAGCAUCAGUAUGGUCUGACUGGACGGUGAUCUCUGCCGACUUUUGA